AUGAAAACAUCCUGGUUCUUCGAGCAUUCUGAUGAAUUGCGAUGUCUAACCGUCCUAGAAGAAGAAGCUGUACAAAGAAGUAUGAAAUCCUUAGAGUCUGGAGAUAUUCCAUUGAAUUACAAAAGAAAAUACAUAGAACUGACGGAUGUCACUUAUUUCAAAUGGUCCAAGGAUUAUGAAUCCAAAGAAGUAUUAAGUGUUAAACGGCUUCCGGAGAAAAUCACAGUGAAUGAGGCGAUGAAAAAACUGGCUUGUUAUUUACUCGGACAGCGGGAAAAUAUAACAGUUAGGGUGGUGAAUGUAAUGAAUUCUCGACAGACUGUUCUCCUACUGCCACCAAACCUGAAACUUCGAACUCGAAGAAUAGGUGUUGCAAGAAACGAUAUAAAACUUCUGAGUAAAAUUCUGGACAUUCCAUCUUGCUUACCAAUGGGAAGCAUCCUAACUUCAGCAUGGAAAGAAACAUACUUUGAUGAUCCAUUGAUUCAAUCAUCUGCUGAACUACGUCUAGCUUUUCGAAAUUCUGCGUAUUGGCUUCCUGUUCUAAUGAGAGUUCAGAAUAAGACUAAUAUGAUAGACAAUCGGAGAGAAGUUUGGACCUCUGUGACAUUAGACUGUCCUGGAGAACGAUUUUUGAAUAGAUUGGUGAGAAAAGUCAAGGAGAGGUUUGAAGGAAUUUUUGUCACUUUCAAAGAAACACAAAAAAGUGUGGUCGUUGUUUCCGAAAUUGUAUCGAUUCCUUUGGAUUCCGACACAGAGUUCAUUGUCUAUGGAUUCAAGAAUACUUGUAGUGAUAAGAAGAUCAGCAUUCUGUUGGCAGUGGUCAGAACUGGAAUGGUUGUACCUGUUGAAGAGAAAAAAGAGAAGAAUCGUUCCUUCAGAUUUCCGUGGUUUUCUUAA